AUAUUACUUUAUGGCUGCUUUGCCAUUAGAACCAGCAAAAUGGUAGUAAGCACGAUAUAGUAUUUAAAACGUCCAUUACACGUGCACGAUUACUAGUGAACAGCAAAUCCCUUGAAACAAAGCCCCAAAACCCAAUCUAUCCUCAAUUGAUUUACGAGAAAAUCACGAGAAAAAACUAAACCACCAAAUUCGUUGCAAGGCUUUUCCUGCACUGUAGAUACACGGCCUAGCAGCAUCGCUGUCAGAGUCAGAUCUAAACCCCCAUAAAAUCCCUGCUCCCCGCCGACAAACCCCUCAUCCUGCCUCGCGAAUCCCACCCGAUCGCCGUCGCCGCCGCCGCCGCCGCCGUCGUCGUGCGUCGUCACCGCCAGCCUCCAAUGCGCAGCGCAGGGGAGGGGAGGCCUGGCUCCGGCGCGGCGGAGGCGCGGGGAAGUCGCCGCCGCGGAUGUGCGUCGCGGUGGCGGUGCUCGUCGCCGGAACCGUCUGGCUCUGCGCGUCAUCGGCGGGCUUCAUGGGAGGCCCCUACGGCGGCUACAGGGUUCAGGAUGUUGAUGUGAAUAAGUUGUGGACGACUGCUGGUUCAAAUGGUUGGAGAGCAUCUUCUGCACCACGGUCAUAUUGGCCUCCCCCUCCAGCUGAGACUAAUGGAUACUUGCGUGUUCGGUGCAAUGGCGGAUUGAAUCAACAAAGAAGUGCUAUAUGUAAUGCUGUUGUUGCAGCUCGUAUAAUGAAUGCUACAUUAGUUCUACCAGAGCUUGAUACAAAUUCUUUCUGGCGGGAUAAAAGUGGUUUUCCAGGUAUCUAUGAUGUUCCCCAUUUUCUGAAGACUUUAAAACAUGAUGUUCAUAUUGUUACAAGCCUGCCCGGGAUUAUGUCAAAAGGGAAGACUAAGAAGCUCAAAGCUCAUAAGAUUGUGCCACCUAGAGAUGCUCCGCUAAGUUGGUAUACAACAUUGGCUUUGGAAGAAAUGAAGAAGUAUGGGGCUAUAUAUUUAACUCCUUUCUCACACCGCUUAGCAGAAGAUAUUGAUGAUCCAGAGCUCCAGAGGUUGAGAUGCCGAGUGAAUUACCACGCACUACGAUUUAAGCCACAUAUCAUGAAAAUUAGCAAUGAGAUAGUGAACAAGCUACGGUCUGAAGGCCACUUCAUGUCAAUUCAUCUUCGAUUUGAGAUGGACAUGCUUGCUUUUGCUGGAUGCAUUGAUAUAUUUACCCCAGAAGAACAGAAAAUUCUGAUCGAAUACCGUGAAAAAAAUUUUGCAAAGAAAAUCCUUGUUUACAAGGAUAGAAGAAUCAUAGGGAAGUGCCCCUUGACUCCAGAAGAGGUGGGCCUUAUCCUUCGUGCCAUUGGUUUUGACAAUUCAACCCGUAUUUAUCUUGCAUCUGGUGAGAUAUUUGGUGGUGAUCGAUUCAUGAGUCCAUUUAGAGCAAUGUUUCCUCGCCUAGAUAACCACAGUUCAGUUGGACCUGAAAAGCUGGAAGAAAAUACUCGAGGCUUGGCUGGAUCAGCAGUAGAUUAUAUGGUCUGUCUCCUGUCGGAUAUCUUCAUGCCCACGUACGAUGGUCCAAGCAACUUUGCAAACAACCUCAUGGGCCACCGCCUCUACUAUGGCUUCCAGACAACAAUUACACCAAACAGGAAGGCCCUUGCUCCAAUAUUCAUGGACAGGGAGGAAGGCCAUGUAACCGGUUUUGAGGAUCGAGUCAGGCAAGUAAUGUUCAACACACACUUUGGCGGUCCACACAAGCGCAUUCAUCCAGAGUCUUUCUAUACAAACUCAUGGCCUGAGUGCUUCUGCCAUAUGAACCCAAUGAAUCCAUCUGACAAGUGCCCCUCGGAUGAUCCACAUGACGUUCUAGGUGGUCAGUUGCAGAAUGAAGAAAUUGAAGAUGUAGAUUUGAAGACCACUGACAAGAUUGAGUCUAUUACCCAAAUUGAAGAGACUAUGAUUUAAGUGAGACCCAGCCAUUAUAACUUCAUGACUGAAACGUGGCAUUGUUGGGCUGUUGCCAUUGUUGGGUCAAGGGGUAAACUGAAAUAUGACUAUCAAGGAGGAACUGUUGAUCAGGGAAGACGGCAUGGUGGCUUUAGGCAGGUUAUUCCGGUGAAUCGGUGAUGGCAUACUGAUGAUUGAUUGGCUGCAAGUACUACGUUAGUACGUAUAAGCAAGAUGUUGUCAGCUGGUAUUCGUCAUUGUGGGCGUCUAUUGAUGUAGGACGCAGCUAAAGAGGGCGAUAGACGAUCGCCAACCGCGCGAGAACGCCGUCAGACCUCUGAACGAUCAGUUUUUCAUGAUGGUUUUUUUUAUUGUAUAUGGGUACUUCAAGGUUGUCGUAAUGUCAACCAGAGUUUAAACGAUAUGCGAUAAAAUAUACAUUAUUUUGUAAAUACUGAAACUACUAUAUUAUAUAGUUAACCUACUUAUGUAUGAAUACCAUAUGCAUA